AUGAAGCCUGUGGGCCCCCUAAUUUGCUCGCUGGUACUCCUGGCGGGCCUGUGCCCCAGGUACGCCUCGGGUCUGUACACAAAUGUGAAGGAAAUCAAAACGGUGGAGAGCCCCAAAGAGUUCGAGGAGUUGCUAAAUGACAAAAAAGUUUGCCUAGUUGAAUUUUACGCAACAUGGUGCAGAGCCUCCAGGGGUUUUGCGAAUGACUUUACCAACAUAGCCAAGACGAUAAAAGACGACAUAACAAUUUUGGCCGUAAAAAAUGAAGAUAUAAUUAACCAGUACAAAAUUGAAACAUACCCAAGUAUACACGUUUUCUUCGCAAAGGACAGUAAAAAAAAUAGUGAAAAAUUUGAUGGCAAUUACAAAAUAAAAGAAGUGGUUUCCUUUGUAUAUGAUAGUAUAAAAAAGCACCGUUUGAAAGAACUAAAUAUCGACCUCGAUGAUAUGAAUAAAAGUUCCUAUAAAAAAAAAGGAAAGAAAAAAAACGAUGGCAAAGUAAUUACACUAAAUGAUAGCAAUUUUGAUAAUAAUGUGUUACAAGAUGAUGAGAACGUGUGGUUUGUCUUUUUCUAUGCUCCAUGGUGUGGACACAGCAAACCGAUACACCCAAUGUUCGACCAACUAGCAAAAAAAGUAGCACAUUUGAAGAACGCACGAAUUGGGAAAAUAGACGCUACAGUGGAACAACGAUCAGCACAAACUUAUCAAAUAAGGCACUAUCCAUCUUUUAGGUUAUUCCCGUCAGGAAAGAAAAAAUCACAUAGUGCUGUAGAAUAUAACGACUCUAGAACGGUAGAGGACAUGUAUCAAUUUUUUUUAAAAUACUAUUCAGAAAAGAAGGAAGUAAUUCAGUUAACUUCACAACAAGUGUUUGAUGAAUAUUGCGAAAAAGACAUUCUGACCAAUGUUAUUAAAGACGUUAGUAGCUUGCCAGUCACUUUGCUGUGGACUCAAGCAGGAGACCAACUAGACCUUGUGCAGAAGUUAAACCUUACUUUCGGUUUCCCCACUGUUAUAGCCAUUAGCUUUUCGAAAAAUGUCUAUUCCGUUUUGAAGGGGAAUUAUUCUGAACAGUCCAUCAAAAAUUUCAUCACACAAAUGAUGAUGGGCAAAUCUUCUGUUGACAAUUUGGUUCCCUUUACGGUGAAGACGGUCCCCAAGUUUAGUUUUACCAGCGCGGGGGAAGCCAACUCGGAGUUGUGA